GUUAAGUUUCUAUUUUUCUCUUUUCUCAAUGUACUCUACAAAAUUGGGCUUUUGAAAGGAGAAUUUUUAAUGUCCCCACUCUUCAUGUAAAAACAGCAGCAGCAAUCAGGCCGUUGCCUUCCAUGUAAAAUUCUGUUAACACAACUGUGCAGAUGUUUACACAGUUGACAGUUUGCGCACUACAUUUGUGCUUUGCAGGAUAGUAAUGUUUAAAUACGACGUCCAGCGCGUGUCAAAAAUGAAUUCCCAACAGAUGUAAGUAAUCAGUUUAAACUGGCGAGCAAAUUCCGCUAAAAAAAUUUUCUUGCAAUGCCACCGAUCUUCAAGUUCUUUGUCACUGUUGUGAAACUGCUAAUCAUAUCUUGGCACAUAUGUGUGUACCAUUGAUUGCACACAACAGGAAGAAUAUGACAAAAAAAAAAUUCUAUUUUUUUACAUUCUGAACGAGGUGCGCGUGGUAAUUGCUCUAGUGCAAGCUGAGUGUGCUCAUUCGCCAAUAGCACAGUGCGCGAGCUGGGUCCAGUGCACCUGAACGAGUCCUUCACGAAGCUCGUCCACACAGACGCCAACAGAAUGUGGAACACAUCAGAUCUGAAUGACAACGAAAGCUACAUAGGUGAGGACUUCUCACCCUGUCACAUGGUAUCUGGCAAAGACAGCACCGGUGUGGCAGUGGUCUACCUGGUUGUGUUCUUCCUGGGUCUGCUGGGGAACAGCGUGGUGAUCUACGUGGUGUGCCUGAUGGAGAACCGCCGGACGUCCACCGACAUCUUCCUGAUGCACCUGGCUGUGGCCGACCUGCUCUUCUCGCUCACACUGCCGUUCUGGGCGGUCUACAUCUACACCUCCAGCUGGGUGUUCGGCACCCACCUGUGCAAGCUGCUCUCCGGCGUGCAGGAGGCCAGCUUCUACGGCUCCGUCUUCCUGCUGGCCUGCAUCAGCAUCGACCGCUACAUGGCCAUCGUCAAGGCGACGCAGUUCGUCUGCAGCCAACGGCGGGUGGUGCGUCUGGUGUGCGGCGCGGUGUGGCUGGGUGCAUGCGUGCUGGCGAUGCCCGUCGUGGUGAAGCGGGAGGCGCUGUUGAUGACCGGCUACGACAUCAUAGUGUGCUACGAGAACGUGACGGCGGAGGCGGUCGAGGCAUGGCGCGUGAGCCUACGUGUGCUGCGUCACACGCUGGGCUUCUUCCUCCCCCUCACUGUCAUGCUCUUCUGCUACAGCUGGACAGUAGGAACCCUCUUCCACUCACGCAACAGCCAGAAGCACAAGGCCAUGCGGGUUAUCCUGUGUGUGGUACUGGCGUUCCUCUUCUGCUGGCUGCCCAAUAACAUCACCAACUUCAUUGACACACUGAUGCGUAGUCAGAUGAUCCAGAACACAUGCAACUUCCAGACUCAGAUGGAGGAGGCCCUGCAGGUCACUGAGGCGUUGGCCUUCACCCACUGCGCCAUAAACCCCAUACUCUAUGCCUUCAUCGGCAAGAAGUUCCGCAACCACUUCCUGAUGUCCCUGGUCAAGAGGGGUCUGGUGAGCAGAAUGGUUCUCUCCAGGUACGGGCUGGGCUCCCCCAGCAGCUCGGGAAACUCACGAAUGACAUCUAUCACACUGUAGAUGCACAGGGACAAAGCUCACAGACACGGCAGGCACAGCAAGCCUGGACGCAGGGGAGUGUGUAUUGACAUUAAAAAAAACAACAAAAACUGCAGUUUAAUUUUCGUCAGUUGUAAGUUGCCCUUUCGUUACAUUUUUCUUUCAUUGUUUUUUUUUAUUUUAUAUUCCCAGUCAUUUAUGGUCAUGAUUUUGGAUCAGCUCAUUCGUUUAUGAAAUAAAAUCUGCUAAAUAAAAUAAACAUGUAAUUCUGCUCAUUCAUGCAGAUAUUAAAUCUUCAUUUUUAAUCAUACCUGGACUACACAAUCAAUGUACAAAAAACUUUGUCAAAGAAUGAUCUAUAAAAACAACCUUAUCCUGUUUAUAAAGGAUGGUUCUGUGGUUCUGAGUUCAGACUUUGUGGGCUGUGUUAACACUGAGCU